CACAUCUCUAUUCGCGCUUGAACAUAUUUUAUUUUAUAUUAAUUAUUAUAAAGAGGAAAUGAGUGUGGACGACCGUCUGAAUAUGGAAACAGUGCUGCAGCACGCGGCUCUCGCCUCCAGUACCUGUACAGGACGCACUCUUGGCGAGGAUCGGGAUCCGUUGUGGGAGGCGGGUAGAAAACCGAUUCCACGGGAAGCUGAGGAACCUAUUGUUAAGCUGGAUAGCAGUAUACCGCACAUUCCCGUGAGAGUCGUCACCGAACCCAGUUUACCCUGCUUUCCCGACGCAGACGCCAUUAAUGCCAGCAUAGUCAAGAGGGAGUUGGCGGACGAAGCAAAGAAGAGCGUUCGCCUGCAACUGAAUGCGCUCAAAGAGCGUCAGGAAACCUUUCGGCUAAAGCGCGAAUCCCUGCAGCAGGAGGUGGAGCGUCACAGCGAACAGCUAAACCAGAAGGCUUUGCGAGAGCAAAAGAAAAAUCAGCUUAUCGAGGAGGCAGAGAAGCUGACUAGGGCGCAACUGGAGGAACAGCAGCGAGAGCAGUUGGAAAUGCGCCAUAAUACGAACAGCAAGCUGCACAAGUUAGCGGUGGAAGGCGUGUCUCGGUGCCAGCAACGUUUUAGGAAAAAAUAUGAGGGCAUCGCAAAGCUGCUGCUCUCUCUGGACAGGGAGACUGUGCAGGUGUGCGCCGAGCACAACAAACAGCUCAAGGAGCUGGGACAGCAGUUUGAUCAGCUGGUCAGCACCGUGGCAGCGGGUAAGAUGGAGCAGAGUGAGUUUCUCCGCUCGCUCAUAAAAGCGGAGCAGUGCUGCAAGAGCCUACAACAAGUUGAGCAAGACAUCAUACGGCAACUGGCUGAGUUCUCGCAACUAAUUCAGCAGCAGCUGAAGCUGGAGGCAGCGAAGAAGCUGGAGGAGGAGCGACAAAGGCAGCUGGAGGAGGAGAAGCGGCGCCAGCAGCAGGAAAAGGAAGAGAUGGAGGCACGCCAAAAGCAGGCUGAGGCAGCCAAGGAGAAAGCUACCGCACCCCCUGCCCCAGCGGCGGCUCCUGCUCCUGCUCCUACACCCACUCUUGCUGUUGCUCCGUCUGAAAGUACAACGACUAAUGUUCACCCAGAGCGCUUGCAGUUCUACAACGAUGUUAUUGCCCUGUACCAAGGCAAGGUGGACUCUGUUAAGCCUCUGCAGACGGAGGAGUCCCUGAAGCAGUACCGCACCGGCUGCCAAAGAGCCAUCAAUCUGCCCCUGAACGCCAUUUCGGCAGUCAGCCCGCAGCAUUUGUCCAACAGCUUUGAAAAAUUAUACAACUUCUUCGCUGGACAGCCCGUCAAGGUGCUUAAUGGAACCUCAAUAACAAUCAACGAUCAUCCGUUGGCCCGUGACUACUGCAUGCUGCUGAUGGCCAAAAAAUUCGUUAGCCAAACGGACACUGCGAUCUCUAGCAACCCGCAGGCUGCGUUUCCCUUCGCUUCGGUGAUUGCCACCUUUUGGAAGCUCAUGCCCGAUUUCGGAAAAGUAUUUCUGGCCUACCUGUACAAGGAGUCGCCCUUCCUGGUGCCCUAUGUGAUUCCCCAGCAGCCGGGACAGGCUCCGGAGGCGUACCUCAAGACAAUUGGUUACCGUCUGUCGGACAACAAUGAACUGGAGAAACCCGACAGCUAUUUAAAGCGUCAAACGGGAAUUGCUCGCCUCUAUGCCGCUGUGAUUAUAACACCAGGACGCAAGGCCGAUGGCCCCGAGCACUGCUUCGGACUGGAGGAGGGUUGGCGCUGGUUGGCCCAUGUAGUUCAUGUUAAGCCGCUGCCCGACGUCAGUGCCACGCUGAUCAUGGAAAUUCUUCAAACGCUCGGCUUCGAGCUCUGGCGCACCUAUGGAAAACAAUUUGUAAAGCUGCUCCUCUUUAUCCAGAACCAUUACCUGCCCCAGUUGGCUGUAUAUGACGAGGGCGGGCCAAAGACACGGCUAGAGAUGCUUCUGGCCAAGUUCCUGAGAGAGCGCCAGAUACCCCAGGCAGUGGGAGUUUUGCCGCCAGGUUUUUGGUAAUUUAAUAAACGAAUUAAGUAAAAUACAAAAUAAAAACAAAACAU